ACUUGUUGCUGAUUUGAGGUAACGGUCAAGUGAGAACGAGAGGAGGAGAGAAAGAGAAAGAGAGAGAGAGUGAGCGAGCGAGAGAGAGAGAGAGAUAGAGAUAGACAGUGAGGAAGGGAGACUUCGUUCCAGGAGAGCGCGGUGGUCGGUGGUCGUCUUCUUAUACUUCUGCUGCUGUCGCUGACGACCCUUCGCCUCCAGAGGACCUUCUACCUACCGACCUCCCUUCUUCGGCCGCGCCUCGAGGAGGAGGGACUCGCGCUGUGGUGCCGCAGGAUUUCCCGAGCAGCGAUCACGUCCCCGGAGAGCGUCCGAGGCGGCGGCGGCGGCGGCGGUGGUGGUGGUGACGGGGUGUCUUCUUCUUCUUCUUACUCUUCUUCCUCUUCCACCGUCAUGAGCGGAUCUAACGUGGACGUGCCCAUGGGCGACGCCCUCCUGAUGGCGCAACGCCAGAUGCUGUCGUCGCUGCCGCCCGCGCUCUUCCUGCGGGCGUCGGAACGGUAUCAGCGCACGCCAAAGUGCGCCCGUUGCCGCAACCACGGCGUUGUUUCAGCACUCAAAGGUCAUAAGCGUUACUGUAGAUGGAGAGAUUGCGUGUGCGCUAAAUGCACGCUGAUUGCCGAGCGGCAGCGGGUGAUGGCAGCGCAGGUGGCGCUCCGGCGGCAGCAAGCGCAGGAGGAGAACGAGGUGCGCGACUUGGCAUUGUUGUACCACUCCACCGCCACCUCCGGCAGCAGCAGCAACGGAAGCCCUGCAACGGCGGCAGCCGCUCCCGGAGGUGGCGGCGCCGGUCCCCCAGGGGGGGCCCCGCCCCCCGUCGCCGUCGCCGCCGCGGCCGCCGCCGACCCCUUCUCGCCCAACGACCUGCUCCUGCCCCCUCACCUCGCCCUCUCCAUAUCUCUCCAGCAGCAACACCAACAACACCAACACCAACACCAGAGGCCCAUUUACACCUCUCCGUCCUCGUCCUCCUCGGACCAGCUCUCCCCAGCCGGAAACAAACGCCCUCGCCACGACGACGACGCCCGCAGCGGCUCUCCAGCCUCGCCCGUUCGAGAGGAACCUCUCAGCCUGAAGGUGGAGCCAUCCACUUCUCCCGGCGACGCCAGACCCACCCCCCCGCAACCCACCACGGAGGUAUCCAGCGCGAAUCGCGACCACCCCAGCGACGACGACGAGCCCGAACGCCCCACCAAAGCAGCCCGGAGGGAGACGGACGAGGACGACGAGGACCCCGCGGUCUCUCCCACGACGACGGGCAGCGCCCAGGACAUGGCCAAACUGUCCAGCAUGGAGACCCUGGUGCGGCUCUUCCCCGGCAGGAAGGUGCAGGUGCUGGAGGCCGUUCUCCUGAGAUGCGGCGGAGACGUCCUCAGGGCCAUCCAGACGCUUCUGUACGCGCUGCCGGCGGCCUCCGCCGCGGGGGGCGGGUCGACGCCCUCGACGCAUUCCUCCCACACCACCACGAGCCCCCACUACCAUCAUCACCAUCACGAGAGCAACAACAACAAUGAUCAACACCAACACCAGCAGCAUCCCUUGGCCCACCACCAUCUGCACCACCAGCACCACCCACAGCAGCACAAAGGGUCAUCGCCCCCCCGCUCCCCCCCGGAACUGCGACACCACGACCUCGUGCCCGACCCAGUGGCUCUCAGGGCGUCUGCUUUCGCUCCCUUGACGCCCCCGUCGCUGGCCCGCUUCCCAUACCCGCCGCCUCACGCCCUGAUGGGGCUGCCCUACCCGCCAUUCCUCCCACCUCGCCCGGACUACUACCCUCCGCUGAACCUGUCCUCGCACACUGCUUCUCUCUUGGCCGCCCAUCCGUCCGCGUCGUCUCCCCCGCCCAGGGACUUGUCCGUCUCUCCCACUUCGCAGGCAGACCCGGACACCGAAUGAAGCCUGUUACCCUUGGCACUUUUACUAGGCUCCUACUCCUCGAGAAUUGCUGAGGGUCAAAUCAACCCCCUUGGGGUACUACACAACGUAUGAGCGUUAGGUCAAUACUCCAGUCAACAUCCACACAUACAAUACAGGCGGAAGAACCUCCUCUCUCUCUCUCUCCCAGCGAGGCGGCGGCGUCUCGUCAAAUCCAGUUCUUCUGAAGGCGUCUCUCCUCUGAAGGCGUCUUGGUCUUCACAACGUUUUCUUAGCUGGGUAUCGGUGGCCGUUGUGUACCUUGUGUUCCACCAAGGCAGGUGUCUUCGCUUUACCACCUACUACUAGUUGUCAGUGCAUGUUUCAAUUGCAAAUAUGUUAAAUCCGUAUGUAUGACUUUAUUCUAACACUUUCAUGAUAAUACAAUGGGGCUUUUCAUUGCCUCUUUAUAUCAUUACAUGGUUAUGUUUUAGUUUUCUCAAAUUAAAACAAAAUACUUUUACGUUACAACAUCGCCAACAAGAAUCAAGUAUAAGAUGCAUAGUAAAUAUUGAUAGAAUAAUAAAAUGAUAAUAGCAGUGAAAAUAAAAUGUUGGUUCAUACUUGUACAUAAGCAAAUCAUGAUUGUUCUACCUUUUUUUAUAUGAGUGUAUGAAUGAUCAUGUAUUAACUAGAAUAAAAAAGAUGUAUUAAAAUGUCAGCAAGCAGGAAAUAUAUUAGUGGACCACGUAUGUUUCCCUCAUCCCAUGAAAACAUAGCUUUCAAAAGCAUCUGAUGAGGAAAAAUAACAAAUUAUUAAUAUGAAUGUUACCAUUCCUUAACUUGGGUGAUACAAAAGUAAUAAGUUACGUCUUGUAUCUGUAUAUAUAGUAGCAAUAUAUUUAUAAAUAGAUCGGCGCAAUGUGUGAUUGAUGCCAUGUGUACAUAUUACUGAUUUAGAUUCGUUAUCUCAAAUAAAAAAAUAAAAAGAAAGCUUAUAAUGUAGAAGGGGAUUUUACAAAACUUUCUAUCCAUUUCCAAUGAAUAAGUCGAGCGUUUAUAGGGACUGUGUAUUGUAUAUAUAGAUAUUAUAUGUAUAAAGAUUUUAGGUUAAUGAUGUCCACUCAACGUUUUAUGCGAAGGAAUAUGACAGAAUGUGCAAUAUCAACAAGAUUGUACAAUUAAUCACUGGAAAAUCUCAUUCUAUAUAAAAAAACAACGUAAUUAUUCGCCAUCAUCCACGACAUUGUACAAUUCAUCAACAAACAAUUAAUUAAACAUAAUAAAACAACCCUUCGCAAUAUAUACAAAGAAAUAUCAAAAGCGGUAGACAAGCAAAAAAAUAUUCUUUGCCCAUAAAACGUUGAGGAGAGGCCGAAAGUUACGUCUUAUUGUUUAUUCCAUGUUGUGUAUAUUAUAUUGAGAAGCUUUUCUACAUAUCAGUAGGCAGGAAACUUAGGUCUAUCUCUGUAACGGCUCUCCUGGAAAAAUGAACAAUUUUUGCUUGAAACCCUUUUCGAUUGCUUUAAGAAAGUAUUCAGUUAACGCGUUUUAUGUGAUUUUUUAAACAACUUGAUUUAAUUAAAUUCUGAUAUCAAAUUUAUUUGAAAUUUCAAAUAAUCUCAAAUUAUUACUCUUAUAUAACAUGACCACAAGAGUAGAGACAUAAAACUGCAGUACGUUUUUUUUUUUUUUUUUUUUUAAUUUAAGAGUGAUUUAACACAUGUGGUCACCGACAAUUUAUAAUUGUCCAUCUAAUUAUUUUUUUGUGUGUGUGAAUAAAAUAAAAUGAUUCAGGAUGAAGCCGAGAGAGCCCUCUCUCUCUCUCUCUCUCUCUCUCUCUCUCUCUC